AUGGCGUCAUCAGGUUCCAAAUCUUUCCAGGACCACCAGAAGGAAUUCUUGGAAAGCGAAGCCAGACGACCCGCGAACGACACCCUUCAUUAUUACCGGCAACAAAACCAAGCCAUCACCACACGCCUGAGCCAAGCUCUCGACAAGUUGAGCGAGUACGACGAGCGCAAUAAGGAGGCCCAAGCCAAAGAGCUCGAGCUUAUCGAUGCCAACGGGCGCAUCCAGGUGCUGGAAGAAAACUUCAAAGAGGUGAUUCGUCACAUCGAUCCGAUGGUCAAGUGGGAGUCGAUGAAUAAGGCUGUGCAAGACUUUGUAACUGGAGUUCUUCACGACGACCCGUCAGCCGACGAGGCACACGCAGCAGCGAGUCGUCGUGAUCCGGAUUUGGGACGAUUCGUCCGCGUCAUGUUGACCAAGAUUUCGGAAUACGAGCAUCUUCUUGAACAACAGAAUGUCGAGAUCGCGAACUUGAAGCUUCCGCACGGUCGGGUCAAACCCAGAACCACGGAAAUCAUCGAAACCAGGGACUACAAAGACGCUUCUGAUCGAAUGCACAACAUGGGCUUUGUGAUGCAGUCUGUAUUCGAGUACGCCUACAAGGGCUUCCACCACCGAGAGAAUGUCAGUCCCGAGGAGGAAAACUACAUGAAAUACCUCUGCACACUGUACGCGCGUAUCGCACAGGUCAUAGAGUUGGGCUGGAAAGAUGAGAAAAAGAAGAAUGUGGGAGAACGCCCUUUGCGAUCCGACUUCCACACCAACCACGUCGAGUUCAACGGGGAGGACGGUAUGUACUUGACGACGGUGAUCGAGGUAGCGCAAGAGGUGAAGGACGAUGAAAGAUGCGUCGACACUUGGAAGAACCCGCAUGGAAUCACGGCAGGCCUGGAGGAACUGAUGAAGGCCGCGCAGCUGUAG